UGUAGGACUAUGUUCGAACAUCUACAUAUCAAAAAGCAAUGCUUCAAAACGAAGUUGAUUUCAAGGAUAAGGUAAACAAUGUGUUCAUGUUCCUCAGUAUAUAUGCUAUUGUACUUUAUUAGUGCUUAUAAAUGGAUGCCAUUGAAAUCUAAAGUGGGAAAUAUUAAGACUAUUGUUUUAUUUUGAUGUUCUGCUUAUGUUUCUCGGUUAGUUGUAUACCCUUCACACCGUGUAAGUCUUGUAUUUGCUCACGGAUUUGCAGAUUAUUGUAGAAAUUUAAUAAUACUAUUAAAUGGGUGCUAGCUUUCAGAAAUAGCUAUUUCUGAAAAUGCGUGAGAGCUAAUUUACCAGGGUCAAUGCGAAAGCUACAUGUAUUUAGUGAAUUUACGUAUGAGCAGGUUUUUUUUCAUAUGAUGAAGAACAGAAACAGAGAAAAAAUCCACCAGUAUUACAAUAAAUUUCAUUAUUAAUAAUAUAUAGAAAGCAAGCUUAGCAAAAUCACCCCCAGGAAAUUAAUAUUUCAUGACUUUGUAAUAGUGGCUUAAGAUGGCAGAGGUUGGAUUCGAGCUUGAACAACUGAAAGGAUUGCAUGGAAGUGAAUUUUGAGUGGUGGCGUGCACGUUUUCGAGUGUAAUUUUAAACGUGUUAAAAAACCCUGAUUCACUCGGUUUUUUCGUGUGUUUUGUUUUGUUUUGUUUGGCCUGUUUUCGGUUUUGUGUAAGAAUUGCCUCUCCCUAGAUUUUCUUUGGUAUUAUGCAUGGAGAAGAAUCAAAAAGUUUCACUUGCAUUAGAAUUACAGAAAAUUUGUCUGUAUCGAGGUUCAGUUAAAUACUAAAUGGACGCUGCAUGAACUGAAUAAUGCAAUGAAUUGUAAAACGAAUUAAACAAAAGAUAAAAAAACUUGCAGUUAUGCAGACAAAUAUUUAACAAUUAUUCACCGAAUUGGAAGUGGAUGUGAGUAGUGCAAGGAUAUUCGCCGCAUAUUCACCGGAUAUUUAUGGCUUUAAAGAAUACAGUACCUCCACACACUUUUAAACAAAACUUUGUGGCUUUCUUCGUGUUUGGCGUGACCUCAGCUUCGUUUAGUACAAGAAUUUGCUCGUCUGUAAUCGGAAGCCAUUUUGUUUUGCUCCGAACUCUGAGAAAAAGAAUGUGAAAUCCAUACUAUGAAAUUUGCAAUUGCACCACUAAAUCCAUAGUGUAUCCAAACUAUUUCGAUAUUAUAUCCAUAGUAUAGACUAUGGAUAUAAAAUAGAUAGAUAGAUGGACUGUAUAGUAAAUAUAAACUAUGUAUAGUAUAGACAGGGCUUUCAGGAUUAUUCUCAGUAGGUGUAUGUUUUGAUAAAGUAGGCAGCUGUUGGGAGGGAGUGGUCUAGGGAGUCUUAAAUCUUAAAGUCUUCUAUAUUAACUAGUGUAUAUUGAUUAGAUAUAGCAACACAACUGAGCUCUGUAACCAAAUUAUAAUGUAUCACUACUUUCAUUCUUCAACAAGAUAAAUUCAAGAUUUAAGGUGGCAAAUAACUAAAUCGGUUUUACGAAAUAGUAUGCCGUUUUCGAAAAUAACCAGGCUAUAAAGUAGACCAGGUUGAUGAAAAAUAACUUGAAAGCUUAGAGUGGAGGAAGGAGAGCAGAAUUGAUAUUUCAAGUACUAAACAAAGUAACCGGCGGUAAACCUCGUGGCACCUGCCGGAGCUCCGGCGGCCGCCGGGUUAUUUUGAAAGCCCUGGUAUAGACAUAGUAUAGUAAAUAUACAAUUAUUAUGGAUAAUCAAAAAUCCAUUCUAUUUCCCAUAAAAUUCCAUACAAUUUCCAUUCUGCGACCUAUGGAUUUUGAAAAUGUUUUCCAGUGGAAGGUGAAUAGUGUAAUUAUCCAUCCGGAGCCGAGCAACAAAUGAAAGCACUCCAAUGAAAGCUCGCACAAUCGUACGAGCACGGCAACAAACCGUUAGUUACUUUUUUCUCAGAAGAAUUAACAAAUAUUCUGACGUCUGUUUUCUUUCUGCAAUAGGUUGUACUUGAUGUUGGUGCAGGCACAGGUAUACUUUUCAAUAUAUAUGUUUGCAUCAAUCACACUGCAUUAAUUAGUUGCCCUGUCAGUUAGAUGUAUACUGGUUCCACCCGUUACGCCCCCUCGCAGCCCCUGCAUGUUGGUGCCAAAUUGAAUGAAAAAUAAUGAGAUUCUUUUGUUGAAAUAUCACCAACAUGGCCGAUGUUCAAGUAGUUGCAAGUCAAGAAUUGCCAUAUUCAAACAAAGUUGUCAUUUUUUCAGGCAUUUUGUCAUUUUUUGCUAUUCAAUCUGGAGCAAAGAAAGUGUACGCUGUCGAGGCAAGCACGAUGGCAAUGCAUUGUGAGGUAAUAUCAUACAUUAACAUUUCUUUGAGUGCACCCACGUAUGGAUUGUAAUCCACUGUGGAUUACAAUAGGUCCACCGUCACUGCUGUGUGAUGUGCAUGUAGUCGGUAUAGUAAAUUAGUACUAGAAAGUUAAAUAUCUACAGUAUAGAGAUGUAAAGGUGUUCUGGAUAGGGUUUUUUCUAUCCGGCCGCAAGCCGUAUCUUAACUACUCUAUUCUGGGGUUUAGCUGAUACAGUAGAGCUGUUAUGUUUGUUUUGCCGGAAAUAAUGCCGAAAUUUACUUUGUAGGCAUUGGCGAAAGCUAAUGGUUUAACGGACAAACUACAUGUUAUUGCUGGAAAGCUAGAAGAGGUAUGUUGCUGUGCAAAAUACAUGCGCACACUAUUUAAUUUGGAGAUUGCGGUGCCCAAACGAAGUUUGCCAUCGCGCCUUCUAGACGCUGCGUGAGUUUGUUAGUCUGUUAGUUUGUUCAAAAUCAUAAGCCUUGGUAUUUGUUUAAAAGUAGUAUGUCUUCGUGCUUGUUGUGCAGUUGUUAUGCACAUGCUCCAGUAACCUGAAGUUCAGGCCCUAGUUUGAAAUAGGGCCUGACACAAAACCUGUCCAGACCGUCGGACGCCCACAUGUUAUUUUUAGACACACAUGCAAUACGAUUGACAAGUGUUGUAGAUUUCGUUACACAUAUUCUCAUGAACAUGUCCGCAGAGCAUUGUGCUUUUUAAUUAAACUUAAAAAUUCAAGGUACUUUUAUAUAAUUAAGAGUCAGUUUCUCUAUUUAACCGAACAGGGGAACAGCAAUUAACAAAGAUUUAAUUAGUCAGUUCUGUGCACGACUUGACUGCCAAGCUUUCUCAAGGUCUGAACUUGCUGGACGCGGAUAUACUCUAACGACUAACGGACUAAUAACAGCAACAAUUAAAUUCUCAAUCAUACCACGAAGAAGGCGAUGUAGCUCAGAAAACAACGCCGGUAGGACCUGAUAUUAAAAGGCAGAACAUCUUGGCUGUCAACAACAACUGUCGAAUACAUGACUAGUUUGGCUGUUCUUUCAGCGUCGUGUGUGUCCAAAAUUCGUCAAAGAUUUUGAUGAAGCCCUUUCAAAAUACUGUUUGUUUGAUUUAUUUUCUGCCAUAAAGCAUAAAAGAAAAGAAAUUCGAAGCAAUCGAUAAUGGAAUUUGUUACGUGCGUUUGACCUUUAUAUUAAUUCUCGCCUUGACCGAGCUAUUUUUAAAACUGUUGUUUAUGUGAACUUGCAACCAAUCAAAAUCCUUCAUGAUGCUGAUCAAGCAAUCAGAUUUCCCGUCCACCAGGUGGACGGGAAUCCCACACUUUAGGCCUGUUUCAUACGUCGAAUUUAAUUCAGACGAAUUUAAUUCGUUAUUAAAUUCGUCAAUUGGUCGACACUAAAAUGGUUUCGUUUCAAACGACGAAUUUAAUUCAGACGAAUUCAUUUCAUGUCUAGCGAUCAUGGAUUACCCAGAAGUAAAAAACCACGAGACCAGAAAGAGAGAAACAGACUUUAAACAUAAUUUAUACAUUUAAUUCGACACGACGAUAACACGUUGUAUGAAACGAAGACGCGCUACAGACGUUGUAUCCGCGUCUGACCAUGACGGAUACAACGUCUUGGACGAAUUUAAUUCAUCAGACGGAUUUAAUUCGUUUCAUACGACGCACUAACGUCGCAUUUAAUUAGUUCAAUUAAAUUCGUCUGAAUUAAAUUCGACGAUAGUGCGACGUAUGAAACGGGCCUUAGAUAGGUUUUGUGUCAGGCCCUAUUCUGUGAUAGGGCCUGAACUUCAGGUUAAUGCUCCAGGCACUACGUUGUUGCGGUAUAUCGAUAGACCGAAAAUUAUAGGGUUUUUAUAAAUACCGGUUGCUCGAUAUUUGUCGGUAUUAUUGGUAUCAGUUUACGUUCGUAUAUUUAAACAUCAUAUCGUUUUCCAACUAACCGCGGGAAAAGCCGUAAAGUAGAACGUGUUUGUUUACGUAAUUGGCGUUGCAAUUUGCAUGCAAGAUGUGAUAUAAGUUGUCAUUUCGCUUCUCAAAAAGUGAACUUUUGGAACGUAAACAACGAUAGCUGAUGCCAAAUGGUAUUAAAAAACAAAAACUGAAAAUUGUUGUCUCGGCUUUGUUACACAGCUAGACAGGCCUAUUAACAAAAAAUGUUCUGGAAUUCCGGUUUCAUGCCCGGACGAUUUUUAAAGAAUUUCUUUUGGCUUGAAAUUGGUCACCAAUGGCCGUGGGUGUUAUCAGUUGGUAUUACCACAACAUGUACAUUUCAAGAAGCAAUACAGUGCCUAUGACAACUGACGCCCUUUUCGCUGUCACGGUGUAUUAUUUAGCGACCAACGAAAAGGUUCGGUAAGGAAAAGGCUCGUCAUUACAGUCGAUAGAAAAAAUAAGGUCGGUCUGGAAACCGGGACCUCGUGAUAUUUUUGUCAGGCCUAAUGAUAAGAUAAGAACUUGAUGUAUCCUUUGUAGGUCGACAUUCCCGAAAAGGUUGACAUGAUAAUAUCUGAACCAAUGGGGUACAUGCUGGUAAACGAGAGAAUGCUUGAGAGUUUCCUACACGCUAAGAAAUGGUUAAAAUCUGAAGGUAAAGUUUGUUAAACACGCUCACUUCUUAAUCCUGAAAAUGUUUAAGCCAUUAUAUUAUACCUCAAAUUCAAAGUGUCCAAUCAGAAUCAGAAAGCAAUUCAAAGUGUCCAAUAAGUUUGUGCUACGUGAGCAUGAAAUCUAUCAUCGCAUCACGCCUUACGAGUCUCGUAUUUGACGUAGCGGGUGAUUUCAGGCGUAUCCGGGUGAUUUGGUUCGCGUAAACCACGCGCGGCGAUCACGCAAACAAAUCGACAAAAUAUACAAAAAUUUGGAAAAAUGUUAUCAUCAAAAUUCAAACGAUGUGUCAUUCGAAAGAAAUGUGACAAAUACUUGCGCUAAUCACAAAAAUAAAAUACCGCAUUCACGAAGGUAUGUGGCAAGUUUUCUAUUUUCAACUUGGAGGCUGUAUAUGCUUUUCGAUAUAAAUAUAUCAUUAUUUUGUAGACACUCCGCUCGGGGGAAAUAUUACCCUCAAUGAUGAUAUCAUCACUUCAGAUCAUCACUUCAGUUAACAUUUCGCCGCAUCCUCCUCGCUGCAGAUGUAUGCUCAUGUGACUGUAUAUAGUUAACCUAUUAAGUGGCAUUGUGCCCCCAACGCGCCCUACAAUUGUCUAAUGCCAAACGAUUUACUCGUCGAAGAGAGAGCGCUGGCGCGCUUAAUGGAUUAAAAUCACUGAAAGCGUUAAGACUCGUUGAAAUUUCAAAUUUGAUAAUACGUUUUGUUGCACUGAACUGCGUGACAACUUAGGUGUACACGUUUGAAAUUGCGUAUUGAAUACAACAAUCAAGCUGAGAACAACAAAUUAAACAACAAUUUAUCCUUUCUACAAGCGUUCAGAACUUCAGUACAUUUCUCGUUGUUGGAUUAGCGUACAGAAUACAAUAAAACAAACCCCGAAUCAUAUUCGCAGGGCUAAAAAUUACGACCGGUGAAGGGCUCAACGGACAAUGACCUGCCAAGAAUGUUCUUGACCGGUCACUGUUUUGCCUGACAAGUUAGUACACUUCUGUCCAUUUACUGUUCGGAGUACACCGGAUUUUUAGAACACUGUCACAUGACUGUUCUGGCUGCCAAUACUCAAAAGUUGGGUAGACGGAACACGGGAACAGUCAUGUGAGCGUUUUCGGUUCGAUUCUAUCAAUGUUCCGAAAAUGUGGAGUACUUCGAACAGUAAAUGGAGUAGACUGUCGAUAGAAUUUCAAAUUAUUCGGUAUCUUUUCUGAAAUGUUGUUAGAGAAAGACUGUAUAUUUCUUGACGAGUACGCAAUUUCACUGUUCUUGUGCAAAACGUAAAUAUUUACUAGAGUAAUUGCAGUUGAAGAGUAUUUGCGCUGUUUUACUCAUUUGGAAAAUGACCUGUCGAUACCGUUUGGGCGUGCUAAAAUCAAGUUGAGCAGCCAUAAAGACUGGCAGUCUACCGACUGUUGCUUUUAGCCUUAUUCGGGUCGGGUUUUCGGGACAUACAGUAUAAAGAUAAACAUGUAGGUAUUUUCAGUUCCCUUUGAAGCUCUGUUAGGGGGUCGUCCAUAUAGCACGACGCAACUAAUGGGGGUUUGAAUUUUAGAGUUUUGCAUGGCUAUUGUUGAUUUGACAUCAUUGACUUGUUCUCUGCAUACAGGGGGGUGCAAUUUUGAAUUUUCGGGAUUUUUUGCGAAUGUCCUAAAAGAAGGAUUUUUAAUAGGUUCCCAUUGAUGGAAUGUAAUUUUGAUUACGUACUGCAUUAUUUUUAGGUAAAAUGUUUCCCAGCCAAGGGAACAUGUACGUAGCACCGUUCAUGGAUGACGCACUAUAUAUGGAGCACUAUUCCAAAGCGAACUUCUGGUAAGCAAUUUCUCAUAAUUCAGCAUUCAUUCUCAAAUUAUGUAACUUUAUAGAAAUGUGUUUAUCUUUAGACUUCCGAUCACUUGUCCCCAAUGUAGUGUUUUAUACUUAAGAUUUAAAUUUAUUAAAAUCAACUGAUUAAUUGAUAUAUAGAAAACGUUAUUAAAAAGAUAAAAUAGUCGGAGAAUAUGUUUAAACUAUUUACACUUUUUGUUUAAAAUAAUAGUUGAGGAAAAAUUACUUUCUAAAAGGUUCAGGUUUGCAAAGAUGCAUGGUAUUAUAUUUGCGUCUUGACCGCAUAUUAGGUGUUAACAGUUCGCUAACGUGUCAUUGUUCUCGUUUUUGUUAAAAAAAUGUUUACAGCAUUUAAAAAUUAAUAAUAGUCUGCCAUCUGCAAAACUCCAAUAUGGCUGAUUCAAGCAAAAAUGCAAUAUGGCCGUCGAGUCAUUCAACCUCGUGCACUGUCUCUUUCCUCCGCGCUCAAAUUGCACUCGAAACCAUACUAUUAUCUAUACAUAUACGAUACGUAAUUGCACAAUAUUUAAGACAAAUAGUCCAGCAAGUGUGAAAUAAAAAGGUAUUGUUUAUAAUAAUAAAGUGAAAAGUUAUUUACUUCCCCUUGGGAAAGGCUAAAAUGAUAGUUCAAAGUGAAAAUUUGACAACUUUUUAUGAGUUGGUUAGGGUUUUGUAAAAUUGAAACAGUGAUAGCCAUUCGUUUCUGUGUCAAGUACCCUUGUGAUGCAAUGUUUUGAAAGAAACGUGGUAAUGUAACGAAGGACAAAAUUGGAUGAGUUGUACAGUCAUAUUUUAUAAAUACACUGAUACAUAUCUACAGUACAUACAUACAUCACGUUGUUCACCGUAUAGAGGGGUUUUAAACCGUAACAUUCCAUGGGGGGCCGUGGGCUAGACAGCUGCACUCACCCAAAAUUUUUUCUACUAUUCCCACAAAAAUCCGGCUUUCGUCGUAAAUGAAUGAACGGAUAUCAGAUUCAAACUACAAUGUAAUGCUCUCACUGUAAAAAACAAAUCGGUUAAAGCGACCAAGUAAUUGGUUAUCUCAGAUUAAUUUUGAAUCUGUGCUAACCAAUUUAUUGGUCAUUUUAACCAAUCUGUCUUUGUAGUGCUGUUACUUUAACGGGAAGCCGUAUUUAGUAGGUGUUUUUUUUGUGGCUGCGGCACCAAUAAAUAUCUCCCAUUAUAUUUCUCCAGAACUCAAGAGAAAGUGGAUUUGCAAACACAUUUCAAUACAGAUUGUAAUCUCAAUUGCACAUUUUAGGUUCCAACCCUCGUUUUAUGGAGUCAAUCUUACGCAGCUACGAGAAAAAGCAGUGGAAGAAUACUUCAAGCAACCUAUUGUAGUAAGAUAUCCUUUUAUACAAUACAGUUUAUUGUCUAUAUAAACUUUGGUUUAUGAUUGACUUCGGUACGUUUUUCAGUGAAAAACAUAGCUCCGAACGAAAAAUCAACAAUAUUCAGGCAACAAUUGUAUUUCAUGACAAAAACUCUAUGUAAACGAGUUUAAAAUUAGAAGAACCUACUUAAACGGUUUCAGUAGCAUAUCCUGUUGCCUGUUGUGUAUUUUUCUUCUCUUUUACAUUUUUUAUUUUAACACAAACUUGGAAAAUCGGGGCGCGCUACAAUUUUUCACUUGUUAUCCGGCGGGAUACAUUGCAUUUAUCUAAAACCACGUGACCACAAAUAAGCCAAUCACGUGCGGUGUUCACCCUGUAGCUAUAUAACAAGGACGUUUCUAGCAACGAGAAGUAGGUAAUUUACGAGUAACCCGAUGCUGAAUGUAUUAACUCAGAAUAUGGUCUCAUAAUACGCAGAAUAAUUUACGAGCAAUUUUCCCCCUCAUAUUUUGUAGGAUACAUUUGACGUACAGAUUUUGCUGGCAAAACCUAUAACGCAUGCAAUAAACUUUUUAACUAGCGCAGAAGAGGAUUUACACAGGUACGUAUACGGUAAAAGAGCGAGCAGGGAUAACACCAUAUAAUACGCUAACUACUGUACCUGUGAAAGAUUUUUAAGAAAUGUUUGAGGUAACUGAGUUAGUAUUAAACAUCCUUCAAAACGUAGAAUUUAAUUAGACUAGUCGUAUACGAUUCUUAUUCUGGCGUAUGUACUCGAAUAAAAGCGUUGAAAGAUGUCACAUUUCAAAUAUUUUUGCCAUAAACUGAUGAACAGGAGCCGGUUGUAUAAAACUCUUAAUCACUUUUUUAAUCACUAUUUUGUAGUUAAAUAGUGGUUAAUUUUAAUCACGUACAGUAGUUAACUCGGUUGUAUAAAAAAGUAGUUAGCGUUAACUGUAGUUAAAACGUAGUUAAAGUUAACGAUGCUUUAGGGUAUCGUUAAUUUCUCAAAACGUAGUUAAAAAUGGCGCUUGUAUAGGAGGGAACAACAUUUUUUAGUAAAACAACAAUGAAAAGUAAUGCUUACCUGGGAUUUUCAAUCGCUGUCUUCCCUGUGAAUGUUUUCUGACAAUAUAAACUCUUCCAACGCUAUCGCUUUGGGUUUUUCGGCGAAAAGAAAUUAACAAAAUAUAUUUUUGCACGGGAAGAUUUCUCGAAGACGACGUAGGGCCCAUUACACGAAGAAACAUGAUACAUAAUUGCCAAACAGUUACACUUUGGUUUAACGUAGACAUCUCAAGUAAAAUUGGCUUUCUUCGUUGAUUUUUUCUUUGUUUUCUAGUUUAUUUUUCACUGUUUUGAAUAAAAUUCCCACCUAUUUGCAAAUAUAAAUUCGUGUUAAAAAUGCUUGUUGGCGGUCGUUAAUCGCUGCUUACUUUAUGUAAUUUUGUGUUUAAAACGCCCCACGCAAGCCCCAUACAUGUUAACUAGUACUAUGUGGUUAGUUAAUCAUCUGACAAACUACGUUUUGUGCAACGCAAUUAAGUCGUGUAGUUAAUUAAUCAUAGUUAAGGAUUUAACUACAUGCAGUGAUUAACGCUAAUCAUAGUUAAAGUUAACGACGUUUUUAUACAACCGGCCCCAGGAAUAGUGGCGUCAGCAGUCGCUUUCAUACGCCAGAAUGACAAUCGUGACUAGCCGUAUAGUGUAAAUGGGCUUUUAGUCAUUCUUAAUAGAAAGGUUAAGGUCCGCUACCAUUAAGGGACCAUUAACCAAUUAGAUGUGUUUGGUAUAUCUGAUUAACCAAUCAGAUGCGUGCUAAUCCAGUGAGAGGUUGUGGUAGCGGUCGUGGAAGCCUAAUCUGAAGCUCGCUGAUGUUGGCAGCACGACAGUGCUACCAAAUGUUUUCCCCAAUGUUUGCUGAUUUUUUCUAUUUCAACAUUUCAGAAUUCAUAUUCCACUGAACUUCACGGCUUUGACGGCUGGUAAUGUCCACGGCCUUGCUUUCUGGUUUGACGUGGCGUUUCAUGGCAGCUCGUAAGUUUUUACAUAAUAUACUUUCUAAGUUUAAAUAAUGAUAUGUUCUCUGUUAAUCUGGUAAGUAUCCAAGGAACUGGAUAAUGCGAAAUUGAACCAAAGGUCUUGCUUGGUGUCGUUUCAAUUUCUUCGGGAAGGAAUCCGGUAAAUCGUUUACGAUCGCACAUGUGUUGUGCGACAAUUUUGCUGUAGUUGUCGACGAAUAUAUACGUACUAUAAAUGUAGGUUAUGUAUUUAAGAAAAAAUUUAAUUCAAUUUUAUUCCAAGAGCACUUUAAAUAACGAACAUUUAAAACGUUUCUUGUGAAUCCUCUCCGAAAAAGGUCUAUAGAUAAACACUACUAGCGCGAAUUGACG